CUCAUCAAUGCUUCUCACUUUUUCUAACAACCAGUUUUAACCAGAACCCUUGUCCCCGGCAUACUGUGUCAAAAAUGACCCGCACAAUCUACCUAGCCCUCCUCAACAACGGCCCCAAACCCGCCCACUAUGCCAUCUGGAUCCCCAAACCCAACAACCACACCCUAGGCAAACUCCUCCAAGUCGACGGAAACCCAGCAACAGGUUUCCACCUCCAAUUCGCGCGCAACUAUAACAUCGUUACUGACACACUCUCCGAAUACAACCUCAUCCCGCUGGCUGGAGUUGAGGAUAAGUAUGUAGCUGAUCCUGUCGGUACGGAGCGGUCGAUAGAUACGAUUGCGCGGGAUCGGUUGGAGUCUGUUGCGACGGUGGUAAAGCCGCCUAGGAGGAGUGCUAAGCCUUUUGAUCCGGAGGCGCCUAAUUGUUAGAAUUGGUUGUAUAGUUAUGUGUAGAGGUUUGUUUCGGAGGGGUUUGUUGAAGCUAGUGCUGGGUUGGUUGUUCAGGAUGCGCCGAAAGUAUUCGAGAAGGCAUAGUAUCAAAGGCAUUCAUUAUUCUCU